CCUUUGAUGGGCAUGCACUACAACCACUUCAGUAUCACUUGGUGCAGUGAUCACUUUGCUAUUAGACCGCCGCCGCCCUUCGAGCCCUCCCAGCAGCACCUUCCUCAUGACCACCGCCGCUCAGUUCGACGUGGUCUGGCGCCAGGACGCGCUGGGCCUGCGCUUCACGCCCAACGAGAACGACAUGCCUGUCGUGUGCCAAGUGCCGCCGAACGCUUGUCCCGCGGUUCUGGCGUCUCCAUUGGCCGUCGGCGACGUACUCGUAGGUUUCGAUCUGCAACUUCAGGACCAACCGGACGGCAUGCAACCUGUUAGGGCAUUCGAUCAAUUAGUGACGGUAUUGCGCCGUGCUAAGCUGCCAGUCACUCUGCGUUUCCAAUCGCGGGAGAAUGAAGUCCCAUCAAGAAUCGUCGAGUCCGACGUGGCGCGUCACUACACCUUUACAUGGGCAGCACAGUCACCAUUGGGCGUGUCCUUGGCCAUGGAUCCAUGCGCUUUACACGCUGCAAUCACAGCUAUCGACCCCAACAAGAUCUCGCCAGCUUUCCAGAACCUCAAACCGGUUCUGGGUGACGUGCUGGUCGCUAUCUCCCCUGACAAUAACGAAGGAGAAGCCACACGUCUCGACGAGAUGCGCUUCGAGGACGUCAUCCAGACACUACGUCAGUUCCCGAAACCAUGUCGUCUAACCUUUGCGAGACUCGUGGAGGAGACGCCGUCCGACUCAUCCGGAUCAGAGGAAGACAAUGUGCUUUUCCCUUCAAAGCCAGUAGUUACCCGCCCGAAGGCCACCUCAUCUUCGAGUGACAGAGGCGAGGAAGCCACCGACAUUUUGAAGCCUCCGUUCCUCACACGUCCACUGCAGAUACGUCCCAAGUCUCGAUCCAGAGCGGGGUUACCACCUCCGAGGAAGCAACUACCCAUUUCGAUGCGUCAGAGCUUCCGUAUUGACGCCCCCAAGCCGACUGCUACUCCUACCUCUGGUGACAGUAGACCUCAUGCUAGUUCGACCUCGUCCAACGAUGGCAGACCCCACUCUGGCUCAAACGCCGAUGACAGGGGAUUCUACACGGUCAUGUACAGUGGAGGAGCUGUGGGCUUGCAGCUACGCGACUGCACGCAAGACGACAAGAGUCUCACCAAGAGCAAUGACAAGACUAAUCGUACGAAUGGCUACACUGUGGCGAUCCGGAACGUGACAGACCCGAAAUCUGCCCCCGGUCUGGAGAUCGCGACGCCCGACGACCUGCUCAUGGCUAUUGGCCAGAAGGAUCUGCAGCACAUGUCGUUCGAAGAAGUGCGCAAGGAGCUUGGGGCCAUCCAGACACCUACACGGUUGCUGUUCAAGAAACGCAAGCGCGUCGUGGGCAAUUCGUCGGGUGGUUCGCUAGUCGACACGUUGUUGCUCUUCCUCGUGUAAUAACUCGAACGAGUUACCAAAACAAACGUAAAAUGCAUUGAAACAGCCAGCAGAUCGUGCCAAACGGCAAAGGAUACUCAGAUUUUGUUUGCUUUUCAUUUUUUUUGGUGUGAAAUCGUCAAUGAAAAUAUAAAAUUCUGGCUUGAAUAAUGAACUCU